GCAUGCACAAAUCACAGUCGUCCUCCGAAGGUGCAGCAGCAGCAGCAGCAGCAGGCUGCACACCACCACCACAGUUUCUAUGUAUGUGCCGUCACAGUGCAGACAGAGGUUGUAAACAUGGCGGCGGACGGGAUGGUGCUCACCAACCACGACCAUCAGACCCGCGUGGGGAUUCUGACGGUCAGUGACAGCUGCUUCAGGAACCUGGCAGAGGACCGGAGUGGAGUCAACCUGAAGGACCUGGUCCAUGAUCCUUCACUACUGGGAGGAGUCAUAGCAGCCUACAAAAUAGUUCCAGAUGAGAUAGACGAAAUCAAGGAAACUCUUUUGGAGUGGUGCGACGAACAGGAGCUGAAUCUCAUUCUCACCACUGGAGGAACUGGCUUUGCGCCGCGAGAUGUUACACCUGAGGCUACCAGGGAGGUGAUAGAGCGAGAGGCCCCAGGAAUGGCCCUGGCCAUGCUGAUGGGGUCACUCAACGUUACACCUCUGGGCAUGCUGUCCAGGCCAGUUUGUGGAAUUCGUGGUAAAACUCUGAUUAUCAACCUUCCAGGGAGCAAGAAAGGCUCACAGGAGUGUUUUCAGUUCAUUCUGCCUGCUCUGCCACAUGCCAUCGACCUGCUGCGCGAGGCCUCUGUCCGGGUUAAAUCGACGCACGCCGCCCUGGAACAGCUGCCCUCACCUUCCUCCCUGCUGGCCAACACACACAGCAACACCCACAGCAACACACACACCAUGGAGCGCGGCACCCAGUGCGAGGAAGAGGAGGACGAGGAGGAGGAGGACCGGAGGAGAGGGCGGCAUGCACACAACCACCACCACCACCACCACCACCACCAGCAUGCUUCCUCCCACAUCACCGCAGCCGCCAUCGCUGCCAAGACGAGCCAUGCUGUGGUCAUGGCUAAAGGGUCUCCUUACCUGCCUGGCAACACCCCCGCCCCUCCUGCUCAUUUCACCUGUACUCAUGACCACCAGAUCCCGGACUCAAUCAUUUCUCGAGGCGUUCAGGUGCUUCCUCGAGAUUCGGCCUCUUUAAGCUCCACCCCCUCCGAGUCACCGCGGGCAACACAGGCGACCUCCCGCCUUUCCACCGCCUCAUGCCCGACACCCAAGGUUCAGUCUCGAUGUGGCAGCAACGAGAACAUCCUGAGAGCCAGCCACAGUGCGGUUGACAUCAGUAAAGUGGCACGCCGUCACCGCAUGUCCCCGUUCCCGCUGACGUCGAUGGACAAAGCCUUCAUCACUGUUCUAGAGAUGACGCCUAUCCUGGGAAUCGAGGUGAUUAAUUACAGAGGGUUGUUCUCUCCAGAUGGUUUGGGUCGUGUGCUUGCUCAGGACAUCUAUGCCAAAGACAACCUUCCUCCAUUCCCCGCCUCUGUUAAAGAUGGCUACGCUGUACGAGCUGCUGAUGGCCCAGGAGAUCGCUUCAUCAUGGGGGAGUCACAGGCUGGACAACAGCCCACCCACACAGUGAUGCCAGGUCAGGUGAUGAGGGUGACGACCGGCGCUCCGAUCCCCUGUGGAGCUGACGCCGUGGUCCAAGUUGAGGAUACAGAACUGCUGAGGGAGUCUGAGGAUGGUACAGAGGAGCUGGAGGUGAGGAUUAUGGUCCAGGUCCGGCCCGGACAGGACAUCAGGCCGAUUGGCCAUGACAUCAGGCGUGGGGAGUGUGUGUUGGCUAAGGGGACACAUAUGGGCCCGUCAGAGAUCGGUUUGCUGGCUACGGUGGGAGUGACGGAGGUCAGCGUGCACAAGUUUCCCGUGGUGGCCGUCAUGUCCACUGGAAACGAGCUGCUGAAUCCAGAAGAUGAUCUCCACCCUGGAAAGAUCAGAGACUCCAACCGCUCCACUCUCCUGGCCACCAUCCAGGAACACGGAUACCCCACCAUCAACCUCGGCAUUGUUGGAGACAACCCUGACGACCUGCUGUCUGCUCUGCAUGAGGGAAUCAGUCGCGCUGAUGUCAUCAUAACCUCAGGGGGCGUGUCCAUGGGAGAGAAGGACUACCUGAAACAGGUGCUGGAUAUCGAUCUUCAUGCUCAGAUCCACUUUGGACGAGUCUUUAUGAAGCCAGGUCUUCCUACAACCUUCGCCACGGUCGACAUCGACGGGACACGGAAACUCAUCUUCGCUCUGCCAGGUAACCCAGUGUCUGCUGUGGUGACAUGCAACCUGUUUGUGAUUCCUGCUUUGAGGAAGAUGCAAGGCAUUCUGGACCCAAGACCUACAAUUAUUAAAGCUAGGCUGUCCUGUGACGUGAAGCUGGACCCCAGACCAGAGUACCACCGCUGUAUUCUAACCUGGCAUCAUCAGGAGCCGCUCCCCUGGGCGCAAAGCACAGGCAACCAGGUGUCGAGCCGGCUCAUGUCGAUGCGUAGCGCCAACGGCCUGCUGAUGUUACCGCCGAAGACAGAGCAGUACGUGGAGCUGCACAAGGGCGAGGUUGUGGACGUUAUGGUCAUCGGACGGCUAUGAUGCAGACUUCAACAUCAUUCGCUACCGGUUACCACGGCAGAGCCAGGACUUCCUGUCUGGACUGGAAACGGACAGAGACAGGAAGUGAUGCAUGUCUAUCUGGUCACCAUUAGCUGUGAUGUCAUAUGCAACAGCCAAUUGGAGCCAGCGCAGGCUGAACCCUCUCUGGUCUGCUCUAGGAGAUCACUGUAUUUCAAUGAAGGAAAAAAAUGUGAAAAAAAAUUAAAUAUGGAAUUUAUUCUGUAAUAUUAUUAUUAUCCUAACAAUAAUGAUUAUUAUUAAUAUCCUUAAUUAAUAUUCUAUUUAUUAUUAUUAUUAUCAUGGUUCUGAUUGAAUAUUCUCAUCUUAGUAGUCUCCAUGCCCUCUUCUCCCUCCUCAUUUGCUUUGUGCAUUUUCCCUGGUAGGUAUAAAGAAAUAGAGACUUGCCCCACCUUCCUUUCUCCACCUGUCUUCAUCUGUUUCUUCUUUUCCCUCAUUCUCCUAUUUCUUCUUCUUCUUUUACUACUUUCUACUUCUACCUGCACUACUGUCAUCCUCUAUCAGAUAAAAAAAAUAACUCGCCAUUUCACUACGUCUCCGCAUGGAGCAGUGCAGUAAAUAUGACAUUUUUUUCCUUUUUGCCAAGAAAUGAAAAGAAAACUGGAAUUAUUUGUAUAUUUUAUUAUUACUAUUCCUCUCCAGAACACUAUCAAACCAUUUUGAGACUAAAACUCCUAGUGAAAGCCAUGAAAUCCUUGCGGGUGACAUGAGGCUGAAUCAACCCGUCCAUCAACGGGCAGGAAAGUUUUUUCUGGUCGGACAUCAGUGUUAAACGCGAACAUCACACAGCAGCUGCUGUUCGACCCCGCGUCUUGUUUGACGUGCUCGACUCUCCGGUUGCACCACAAACGAGCUGCAGCGAGCAGUUCGAAUACGUUUUUCAGUCUCUAUUGUUCUCAUUGUUAUAAAAUCCCAUGAAAAAGCGUCUUCAUUGUGUCUGUGAGUCAAACGGAAGAAGAUUAAUCUCACCUUCCGGAGACUCCAGGAGGAAAUCUGUUAAUAUUUCAGGAAAUUCCUAAGCCACACUAGAAGAUUCAUGUCGCAGCCAUGUUUGUUAAAUCUGAAGCUUUAAAGCAGCUUGUUAGUGACUGAACCGAAGCAAGAACAGGACCUCACUGGAGGAAACGGUUUUCAGACGAACUGUAAACAGAAAUCUUCAGGAUGAUUAUUAUAGCUAAAUAGUGAAGCUCAUCACUGCUGCAAAACCAACACUGUGGAGAAAAUCUGUGUCCUCACUCUGCCUUGGAAAAAUCUUUUCUAUCUUUUAAAUAAUUCAUUCAGUUUUCACCGUUCAAGUAUAAAGACCACCAACAGUGGCAGCAUCUCAGGUCAGCAGGAACAACAUCACCACUUCACCAGAUAACAUGCACAGAUCAUGUAAAGGAAGUAUGGAAACCAAACGCAAUCUUUUCACUACAGUCCAAACCGGAGAAUAGUGGCCAAUCAAAGUGCGUAAAACCCCACGUAUCGGCCUUUUUAUCAAUAUAGAACUUUCUGCUUUUAAUUUAGCUGAUUUCAAGAAGGCGGAGCAGGAAAUUUAAAUGCUCCCAGCUCAGUUCGGACGUUGGUGUAGAUGCAAGCCAAAGUAAAGGUCCAUCAGACUGACGAAAUUUGAAGGAACUGGCUCACGUCUCCUCAGAACCCAGAAGUUUUAUAACAUUAGGCAAAAGCAAACUUCAAGAAA